AACAGAUGCAGCAGGUAUGUGUUCAUACCAGGUAGUGUAGGCAAAUGCGCAGCCUCGUCGCCAAACUCGCGUGACUAAUCAAGACACGUGAUAGCUGCCAAGCAUUAUGCAAGGCUGCAGAGUGCAGUGGCUCGAGGCGACUCGGGGCAGUUAUUCAAAGCGCUUGUUGAAAGGAUUCAAGGUCGCGCCGGCGCAGUCUUUCAUCAACCCUUCCGCAUCUAUCUCGCUCGCGCCACCCAGCCUGUGUCAUUUUGCCCUGAAGUCAGGGCCUUGACGUCCAACGACGCAGAUCUGACAAAGAUGGCUUACAAUGGCUAUAAUGGCUUUGGCGAAGAUGGGAUGGAUGGCGUCGAGACCUCGGGUCCCAAAGUGACCGUGAGAGAAGUCGAACAAGAUCGAUGCGACUUCGUCUUACAAUCGUGCUCUCUCGCACUCGCCAAUUCGUUACGCCGCGCCAUGUUGGCAGAGAUUCCGACCAUCGCAAUCGACCUUGUGGAUAUCACCACGAAUUCUUCCGUUCUACCUGACGAAUAUCUUGCACACAGACUCGGCUUGAUACCUCUGACGAGUAAGGGAGUGAACGAACAACUGAACUACACAAGAGAUUGUGACCAAUGUGACGAUCACUGCGAAUACUGCUCAGUUGUGUUGAGCCUCCAUGCCAAAUGCACGAGAGCCGGUACCAUGAUGGUCUAUGCACGCGACCUUGCCAUUCGAAGUCCACGUCAAGAUGGUAUUGGCAUGCCUGUCAUCCGCGAUACCAACGGCACUGGGCCACUACUGGCGAAAUUGAGACAAGGUCAAGAGAUUCAACUCGAAUGCAUCGCAAAGAAGGGUAUUGCAAAAGAACAUGCCAAAUGGGCGCCGACCUCAGCGCUCGGCUUCGAGUACGAUCCUAACAAUAAGUUGCGGCAUGUGGACUACUGGUACGAGACCGAUGCCAAGGAUGAAUGGCCCAUUGACGAACGCAACGCGAAUUGGGAAGGCGAUGACACGGCCGCCGAUGCUGCAUUCGAUCCAGAUGCCGUGCCGAGUGCCUUUUUCUUCGACGUCGAGGGAGUUGGCACUCUUGAGCCCGACGACAUUGUGAGGGGUGGAAUCGAAGUGCUGCAGAAAAAGCUUGCAGAAACAAUAAGAGUGCUUGGAGGUGCAGAUGCUGCCGGAGUUGAUGGCAUGAACGGAGGUCAAAGUCCUGAUGGCUAUGAACCCCCAGCACCCAAUGGGACAUAUCAGCCAUAUGGUGGAAUGAGAGGAGGAGGCACGACUCCUUAUGGCAACACUCCGUACGGAGGAGGCUAUGGAUCAUACUGAGCGACACGUCUGUCAUCAUGAUGAUAGCCUUGUUUACAGCGCGGCGUUAAGGGCGGUAAAACUGCUGAUCCGAGCAUCUGAUUUCAUCGGGAAAAGAAUUCACAGCGAUGGCCAGGAGACAAAGAUCCUGCAAAAAGUCGAGCAGUGUACGUGGGCUGCUUUCUCGUCUGGUGAGGUGGGAUGAUUGGCGGUCUGCACGAGUGGACUGACAAAAGGCUUGAAAUCAUUCAUCGCGGACGAUCCGCAU